UCAGGCAUGGAGAGUCCGGGUUCCGCCGCGUGUUGCCCAGUGCGACAGCAGCGUGCUCGUUGGGAACGAAAACGUGUCUGCACCGCUCGGGAGCUGCUGGAGACUGAGCGGCGCUACCAGGAACAACUGGGGCUGGUGGCCACGUACUUCUUGGGGAUCCUGAAAGCCAAAGGGACACUACGACCAACAGAGCGCCAGACACUGUUUGGGACCUGGGAGCUCAUCUAUGCCGCCAGCCUAGAGCUGCUUCCCUAUCUGGAAGAAGGACAAUGGGGGCCCGGGCUUGAUGGCUUCUGCCCCCACCUGGAGCUCUACACCCAAUUUGCUGCCAACGCAGACAGGUCUCAGACUACCCUUCAGGAGCAGCUGAAGAAGAAUAAGCGUUUCCGAAGGUUCGUGCGGCUUCAGGAAGGUCGCCCUGAAUUUAGGGGUCUUCAGCUCCAGGACCUGCUCCCUCUGCCUCUGCAGCGGCUUCAACAGUACGAGAAUCUUGUUGUGGCUUUGGCUGAAAACACAGUUCCCAACAGCCCUGACUACCAACAGCUCACACGGGCUGCCCGCUUGGUAAGUGAGACUGCCCAGAAGGUCCACGCCAUCAGCCAGAAUCAGAAGAAUGACCAGCAUCUGUUGCGUGUCCAGGCUCUACUCAGUGGACGCAAGGCAAAAGGGCUUACUUCAGGACGCUGGUUCCUACGACAGGGUUGGCUUUUAGCAGUGCCUCCCACUGGGGAGCCACGGCCCCGGAUGUUCUUCCUUUUCUCUGACGUGCUCCUCAUGACCAAGCCUCGGCCCCCAUUGCACCUGCUGAAGAGUGGCACCUUUGUCUGCAGAGCUCUGUACCCUAUGUCCCAGUGUCAACUUAGCAGGGUCUUUGGCCAUUCAGGAGGACCUUGUGGUGGUUUGCUCAGUCUGUCCUUUCCCCAUGAGAAGCUACUGCUUAUGUCUACUGACCAGGAGGAGCUGUCACAAUGGUACCACAGCCUGACUCUGGCUAUCAGAAGCCAGAAGAGCUCGACCCACAGAAGCGACACUGCAACAUGACACUGUCAUCUACAAAUGUGCUGGGCCACACUCACUGCUAUCCUGGGAUACAUGUGGCAGCUGGGCAUGCCUAGGAAGAACCUUACGAAUUCCAGAACUGAGGGUACUCAGGGAUAGAGCCGAGCCAAGAACAGCGGGAAUGUCCUUUAGUUGAGUCUCAGUUGAACAAGCCCCUCUCGUGCCCUGCCCCUGGGGGCUGCAAGCUGCUGCUGGCUGUGGCUGGUUGUUUAUUCCAUUUGCAGCUUUGUAAAGGCCAUUUUGUUGUCGCCUAUGGUUUCUUGUUUUAAUUUUGAGGCAGGAUCUUACUAUGUGACCCAGGUUGACUGAGAACUUGAAUUCUUCCUGCCUCUGUCUCUCAGGUGUUGGGUUUACAGGUGUGUGCUGCCAUACCUCGAUAUUGUAGGUAGGCAGGUAGGAAUAUAUAAUUUUUUUUCUUGAGAUAAGUUUUCAUGUAGCCCAGGGUGACCUUGAACUCCAGAUCCUCCUGAACUACCUCCUAUGUUAUAAAAGUUCUAUAACUUAUUUCUCCACUGUAUUUUAAUAAAGUGCUAUUUU